AUGACAAACUCAACAGAGAUUGUGUCCUUUGUGUUGACUAUGUACACUAACAUAGGGAAGUUUAAGCACCUCUGUUUCAUCCUGGCAAUGCUGUUAUACAUAUCCGUCAUUUUUGCUAACACUUGUCUUAUUGUUGUUAUUUACGUGGACAGAAACCUGCAUGAGCCCAUGUAUCUAUUCCUGUGCUGUCUGUUUGUAAAUGAAAUCUGGGGCAGCACAUCUAUGCUGCCCUGCUUGAUGGUACAUAUCUUGUCAGACACUCAUGAAAUUUCUGCCUUUUACUGCUUUAUUCAAAUAUUUAACAUUCAUUCAUACGCAGCUAUUGAAUUUGGGACGUUGACAAUAAUGGCAUAUGACAGAUAUGUAUGUAUUUGCAAGCCUUUAAAUUACAAUGUCCUGAUGACAAUUAGAAAAGUACAAAUUGGCAUCAUUGUUAUUUGGAUGAUUUCUUUUUUAGAGGUUGGAGUUUUGUUGUCUUUCACUAUUCGUCUAAAGUUUUGUGGGACUCUUAUCCACAAAAUAUCUUGUGAUAACCAUCUCGUCGUUGAACUGUCUUGUUCACUGGACAGAACGAUGUCGUAUCUGCAUGAUGUUCUUGGCCUUCUUUUUACUGUUGCAGUUCCUCUCAGUUAUAUUUCAUACACGUACGUUAGGAUCUUUGCUGUGUGUUUAAAGGCGUCCAAACAGACCAAAAUGAAAGCCUUUGAUACGUGCUUGCCACAUUUCUUUUCACUCAUGAGUUAUGUCUUUGCCUGUUUUUAUAACCUGAUCAGUCAAAGAUUUGACAUGACAUUUGUUCCACAUGAGCUGCGUGUUAUUUUGAUGAUGUACGGAACGAUCUUUCAGCCUCUUCUAAAUCCAAUGAUAUACGGUCUGAAGCUGUCAAAGAUUAGGCACGCUUUCAAUGUGGUUUUUAAAUUAAAACAGUAAAAACACUGUGACUUUAACAUUCAGUAUUGAAUUUAAUUUGAUUUUCCUUGUUUUUAUUGUCUUAUCAUCACUAUUCUGAUUAUCUGCUUUUAUUAAAAACACUUAGUUUAUUAAUAAUGGCAACAUAUAAAUAUACAUCAUGUGAAUUUUGUUUCUUCAACAUAUUUAGACUAUUUAGAAAACCAAGACACAUGAUCACAUCACUUUAGUUUCAGCCUCUUUACACCGGCUCCCAGUAUGAUGUAGAACAGAUUUUCAGAUUAUACUUAUU